AUGUGGUGUAUUAAAACUAGUAAUAUUAAUAUAGAAAAACCCAAUCAAAAAUCCGUUGUCAACAAAUUACAGUCUAAAUUUUCUAUACCUUACAAGUCUGUUUUUAGAGCUGAACGUCUUCAAUCCUUGUUGGAAUAUGAGUGUCAAAAAAUACUAAUAUUAGCAAUAGAUCCUAUACAAUUCCAACUAACCGAUAGUUGGGAUGUCAAAUCUGUGGAAGCUGCAAAUGUAUUGAUUCAUGCAGAUGUAAAGCUACAACAAAUUCUAGCUAUACUUGCGAUGAAAACAGUUCUUAUAUUUCUUCGCAUGGGUAAUAGACUUUUAGCAUUGGUCGAAGAAAAAAGAAUAACAGCUGCCAAUGCAACACUUUACAAAUAUAAUCAACAACAACUGUUAAUACCAUCAUCAGAAACUAAUGUUUCUUCAUCUGAACCACAAUUAUUUAUUUUAAGUGAUAAAAUGCCACCAUUGAAGUGGGUUGGUGUUCAACAGCAAAAAAUUCCGGGUUUGGUAUUUAAUAGAUAA